UUUAUAUACACACAAAUUCUCAAUAAAAAGUGUAAUGUUUUUUAUUCGAAUAUAACAAAGUUGGCGUAUCUAAGAAUAACAACAUGGCGGACAGAGCAAGUUGAUCGUGAAUAUUUUCAAAACCAUAACGCCAUCUUUAAAAAUGUCAGAGCCAAGACGUAGCAAUUCCAAGAAUUCUCAAACAUCUUCAGGAGGUGGUCUGUCCAUUAGCAAUUCAAACAAGAUAGCAAGAUCCCAGCCUUCAGAAGUUCAGUCUAGAUCUCAGCCUUCAGAAGUUCAGUCUAGAUCUCAGCCUUCAGAAGUUCAGUCUAGAUCUCAGCCUUCAGAAGUUCUUUCUGAUUCAACAGCUGUGAAAAAUACAUCUGGGCUUAAGGUUCUAGGACAAGAUGGAGAAUUUUCAGAGGACAUAUUAUAUCAAAAUGAUGUUCCAGUACUACUCAUGACUAAAAGGCCCCAGCCUGGUUCUCGGCCAGUUUCAUCAGGGUCCAGACGUACGCCAACCCCUACCAAGCAGAUCUCACUACAGGCAGUGAAGCGGAGAGAAGAAAAAGACGAACCCUUAGAAGAAAUUGAUUGGAAUGAUUUCAUGGAGCCAGUAGACAUCAACUUUAACAACUUUAACAGAAGCUCCGGUAAAGUUGUACGGACACCAAACAAUGACUCAGAUGACGAUGGCAAUCAGUUUUCUCUUAGGGCACAAGCAUUAUCUCUUGAAGAGCAUGAACAUAUGAUCCACAAGCGUGAGUGGGACAUGAUGUCGGCGCUUAGCUCGGCAAGGGUAGAUGAAAGUGAGGCAGAUAUUUCCCGGAAACUUGAUGCGAUUGAGCUUGAGAGAGAGGCUAUCGAGCAAAAGAACCAGACCGAAGAGCAGGAUUAUCAGUUGAGAAAGUCCGAGCAUGAUUGGAAGGUAGAGGACGGAAAGUUUACGUAUCGUAAUGAACAUUUCCGUGAUUUGUCAAAGAGGGAUCAAAAAGACAGGAUAAGUGGGACUUUUAUUUUUGAUGGCACAACGCCAAGGGCUGUGCAGGCAGGUGUUAGGGAAGUUACUGUGGGGCGUAAACCUGAUGGGGCUCCACAAAUGAGUGGGAAAAGUACUCACCACAUAGACGGACCCUUGCAGACAGCUGUGGGGUCUCAGCUGAGUGAUGUUACUCAAAAAGAAGAAAGUGGGAAGAAAGCUGAGGCUGCAGCUGAGUCAAGCAGUGAAGAAGAGGAGGAGGGAGAGGCUGAAGAAGAGGAGGACUUGAUAGGAGAGAGAGGGACAGCUCCCACUUCUCUCCUCAUGGAGUUCCUGUCCUGUAUGAUGCAGGGAGACUAUCAGACUGCAGAAAAGCUGUGCAAAAUGAUUCUGAUUUAUGAACCUGAAAAUCCGGAGGCUCUGAGCUUCUUUCCUUUGAUCCAGGAGAAAAUAAAACAAGAUGAAAUUAAGGUUGAAAAAAUAAGAAAUCCAGAUGCAGAUGAAAGCAGUGAAGGCAGUGAUAGUGAUGACUCUGGGGAGGAUGAAGAAGGGAGUGAUGACAACGAUGAUGAUGAUGACAGUGAUGAUGAUGAUAAUGAUGAUGAAAGUGAUAAGGAUGAAGAGAGUGAUGAAGACAGAUCUGAUGACGACAAUCAGCAUGUGGAGGGAAACCCAGACUCUGGGAUCGCGUCCGCCAAUUCCGACUGAUCCAACCCAUCAUUUCAUGUCACCCUCCCAACUGGGAUUGAAUCUCUCAGCUCAGAGUGCAUUGCAAUGUUGAACGUGUGACUGAGGUUAAACGGAAUUGUGAAGGCUUGAUAGGAUUUAAAGUGUUUCCUGCUGUUUGUAGUAAUUCUCAAUAAAUCAUAAUGCCUUCGUACAAAGUAUGACAGCUCCCAAAAAGGAUCUACUGUCUGCUAGUGCUCAUUUUAUGUUGACUGUUGAACCAUUGGCAGUAUUGUUUGCAUGAUUUUGCAUACAGGUAUGCAAUUUGCUCAUAUGCUUAUCUGUUCAAUUCUGUUAUUAUUUUCCAUUUAUAAACAACACGCAAAUUCGUUGAAUUGUUAUCCCCUGCAAAAUAGAGUUUGUUUAAUGAUUGUGCAAAUCCCUUGAUAAAUGGUAUAAUUCUUAAAUGAUAUUUAAGUGUAAUUUUGGGUAAUUGUUUUUAUGGAUUGUAAUUCUCCUCAUUGAUAUCUAUACACCCAUGCAGUUUCAUAUUGAAAUAUUGUAGCAUAUCUGAGAUAUACAUGUAGCCCUACAAAGUUACUUAAUACAAAAACAGCAAAGGGAAAUAACUCUAAGAGGUGAAGGGUUAAGGUUCUUAUGCUUUGCAUUUUUCAGCAUUGAUAUCAUUACACCCAUGAAGAUUCAAGUUGAAGUCUAGUAGUGUAUCUGAGAUAUAGCCCAGAAAAGUUAAAUAUUAAAAAAACAACACAAAGGGCACUUACUCUUAUUAUACCCCCGCAAACGAAGUUUAUGGGGGUAUAUAGGAGUAAACUUGUCUGUUGGUCGGUCGGUCUGUCUGUCGAUCCGUAUAAAGUGUCCGCUCUCUAUUUAAGUAGUUUUCAUCUGAUCUUCACCAAACUUGGUCAGAAAUUGUAUCUACAUGAUGUCUAGGCCAAGUUCAAACAUGGGCCUUUCCGGGUCGAAAACUAGGUCAGGGGGUCACUUAGUGCGUUUUAAACAUUCAGCAUGUUGUCCGCUCUCUAAUUCAAGUAGUUUUCAUCCAAUCCUCACCAAACUUGGUCAGAAGUUGUAUCUAGAUGAUGUCUAGGCCAAGUUUGAACAUGGGCCUUGCCGGGUCAAAAACUAGGUCACGGGGUCACUUAGGGCGUUUUAAACAUUCAGCAUAUUGUCCGCUAUCUAAUUCAAGUAGUUUUAAUCCGAUCUUCAGCAAACUUGGUCAGAAGUUGUAUCUACAUGAUGUCUAGGCCAAGUUCGAACAUGGGCCUUGCUGGGUCAAAAACUAGGUCACGGGGUCACUUAGUGCGUUUUCAACAUUCAGCAUAUUGUCCGCUCUCUAAUUCAAGUUGUUUUCAUCCGAUCUUCACCAAACUUGGUCAGAAGUUGUAACUAGAUGAUCUGAAGGCCAAGUUCGAACAUGGGCCAUGCCAGAUCAAAAACUAGGUCACAGGGUUAUUAGUACGUUUAACACAUUGAUCAUGAUGUCCACUCUCUAUUUCAAGUAGUUUAAAUCCGAUCUUCACCACACUUGGUCAGAAGUUGUAACUACCGUAAAACGCUGUGUAUAACGUACAUUUAUGUAUAACGCGCAUUUACUUUUGGAAGCAAAAAAAUCAGGAAAAAAAGUUUUUGUAGCAAAAAAUUGGGGAAAAAAUUAUGUACGGUAGGAAAAAAUCUCUUGGCAUUGCUGUAGUGGUGUAUAAUGCGCAUCAAGUUUUGUAAAUUACAUUUUGGGGUAAAAAAGUGCGCGUUAUACACAGCGUUUUACGUUAGAUGAUGUGUAGUUCAAGUUCAAACAUGGGCCAUGCCAGGUCAAAAACUAGGUCACAGGGUCACUUAGUGUGUUUUAAACCUCACCAUGUUGUCCGCUCUCUAAUUCGAGUAGUUUUUAUCCAAUCUUCACCAAAAUUGGUCAGAAGUUGUAUCUUGAUAAUGUCUAGGGCAAGUUUGAAUAUGGGUCAUGCCAGGUCAACAACAAGGUCACGGGGUCACUUAGUGUGUUUUAAACAUCACAAUGUUGUCCGCUCUCUAGUUCAAGUAGUUUUCAUCCAAUCUUCACCAAACUUGGUCAGAAGUUGUAUCUAGAUGAUGUCUAGGUCAAGCUUGAAUAUGGGUCAUGCCGGGUCAAAAAGUAGGUCACAGGGUAUCUUAGUGCGUUUUAAACCUCACCAUGUUGUCUGCUCUCUAAUUCAAGUAGUUUUCAUCCAAUCCUCACCAAACUUGUCACAAGUUUUAUCUAAAUGAUCUCUAGGACAAGUUUGAACAUGGGCCAUUACGGGUCAAAAACUAGGUCACUGGGUCACUUAGUGCGUUUUUUAACAUUCAGCAUGGUGUCAGCUCUCUAAUUCAAGUAGUUUACAUCCGAUCUUCACCAAACUUGGUCAGAAUUUUUAUGGAGAUGAUCUUAAGGCCAAGUUAAAACAUGGGCCUUUCUGGGUCAAAAACUAGGUCAAGGGGUCACUAAGUGCGUUUUAAAAAUUAAGCAUGGUGUCGGCUGUUUUUUGUGAAGACGACAUGCAAAAUAUUAUGUGUCAAUGCGGCAUGUGGGGGUAUUCGUCACGUUUUUGACAAAGCUCUAGUUUAAGAAAGUGUAGGGUUAUUGCUCAUAUGCAUGGCACUAUCUUUACACCCAUGAUAUAGUUUGUGAGAUACAGCCAUGAACAUUUUUGUGAUAGACGGACAGAAGGAAUAACCAACUGAUGGACAGAAUGACCAACUGAUGGACAGACAAAGCCAAUUCUGUAUCCCUGGCCUUUGCCGUAGGAUUAUAUUUAGUGAUAGAAGUGGAUUUAGUAAGUUUCAAUUAGAUGUACAUCAGAGUAAAAGUUAUCAUUAUACAUUUUUCAGUAAUAAAUCUGAUUGCAAAUGAUCGCUAAAAAUUGAGUCUUUCGUAUUGUACUUGUUUAAUUUAUAUUUGUGAUAUGUGACUGAUAUUCCUUCAAUGUUAAUGCAUUUGUAUUUUAACUUCUGCAAAUUCAAUUUAUUUAUUAUGUCUUAAAGCGGGUAUAUACGAUUUUGUCAAAUAUUUAUGAAUUUAUAUAAACUGUGUAAAAAAACUUAUUAUAUAUAUAUUUCAAUAUAAAUUAAAAUAAAAGUUAAGAAGAACAUGUGUCGAAAAAUGCAAAUUAAGCCAGAUAUUUAAUUCUGAAAUUGAAAACGGUUGUACAGCCGAAUUCGCCAGCAUGUAUACCAUACAUGUACGAUGUGCAUCUUAACUUACGAGGGGUGUUCCAGAAGUUCGUGGAUUUGCACUAUAACUUUCAUUUGGUAACAUAAAUGGACAAACAAAUAGCAUGUUAAGAAUAUUUCGUCCUUUCCAAAUAUACUCUCCAAAUAUCAUGGAAAUACAUAAAACAAUAAAUAUAUAUCAGAGAUUUAAACAUGUGCACAAUGCGCACACCGACGCACGUGUAACGUUUCUGUUCAACGUCAAUGACGUUAUGAAGUUAACAACUGUCAAAUCUUUUCCACAUAAUCACCUCCAACGCGAAUGCACUUUAUGUGUCGGGAAAUCCACUUGUCAAAAGUGUCUCUAUACCAGUCAAAGUCAAAAGACGACACGAUUCGCUUUGCUGCAACUGUAAGUUCCUGUUUACUUGCAAAGCGAAUACCGCGCAACUGUGAUUUAACUUCCGGGAAGACGUGGAAGUCCAUAGGGGCCAAAUCCGGGCUGUAAGGAGGACUUGGGCGCUGUUACGUGAAAUUUGCCGUAAAUUCUGUUCAUCAACGACAUUUAAACAUAAUUUAAAUUCGCGUAACGCUCAUACUUAUAAUAAAAUACACACGUGCGCCGCAUGUCGUUACUGAGGUCUCUAUGGCAACGCGUUUCAAACACACUAUGGAAUUCAUGCAUUUUUAGCUCAUAUAUAAAGUCCGUAAUAAUUGGUUUGUAUAAUAUGUAAAUUUAAUUUGACUUUUACCAGCAAACUAAUAAGUUAUAGCGAAAAUCCACGAUUUUCUGGAACACCCCUUGUAGUUUAACGGUUUAUAAUACAAAGACGAAUGCUUCGGUUAUUGUUGGAAAAUAUGUACGUCGCUAUCGGCUCGGGGCGCUAAUUUGUCUUUGCUGCAUUUUAUGAAAUUCGGCUUUAAUGUAUAAUUUUUCUUGCCUAUUUUGUGUUAUUUUAACAUAUUUUAUCAAUAUAUUACAAUUAAACACAUAUAAAAAUCGUAUAUACCCGCUUUAAUACACAGUUUAAUCCCUGCCUUAUAGGGCAUUAUAGGAAUGCAGUUUGUUAAUAAGUCUGUCAAUCUGUCCAAAACACAUUUGUAUUCAAAUUUAUUUUAAAUGAUUUUCAUCAAAUUUGCCUGAAAUGUCAAGUCAAUGUCUUUACAACGUGAAGAAUGCAAGGAUCAGUCAUACAAGCUCAAAUCGUUAUUUAAGGUCAAAAUCUGCGCCUCAAUUUCACACCUGAUCCAUAUCUCCUGUACCCUAGGAAGGAUUUUAAUCCUUUACCACUUAGAUACGUAUUUUCACGUAUUUAUAGUCCCUAAGAAAGUUAUGUGUAAUUUAAGACCUUACAAGAUUAAAGUUUUGAAGGCUUCAUUAAACCUGAACAGACUGCGAGUCACUAUCAGGCUGUUCUGAUUUUAUGCUAUUUUCCAUUUCCACUUUUGCUCUGAGUUGGAAAGGGUUAAUCAAACUUGGCCACAAUAUAUAGGCCACUGACACAAUACUCAAAAGGCAUAAGUCAGUCAGGCUGUUUCAAUGUAAAGGUCACUUCACUAUGAAAAGUGUGAGCCUCACUUUUCCCCUCUUCUCUAUGUCUUCUAUGGUCGGAAGGGUUUUUAACGAAGCUUGACUUCAAUGUGCAGGUUAUUGAAAUGAUGUGAAAAAAGCACAAGUAGGUCACACAGGCUCAAUGUCAUGGUUACAGUUGAAGAUUAAUAGUAGUUUAGCCUGCAUUCGUUUCAUUAACUUUUCCAAAAGUAAUGAGUAAGUCACACUAGUUUAAAAUGAAAGUCAUGACUUCAAGGAAAAAAUAAAUAUUUGCAGAGGACAUAGCUUUCUCUUGCAAGGCCUUGUGUGCAUUGAUUACAUAUAGAUAGAUUUGUAUUCUAAUGUUUUACUGAUUCAUGUACAGUUUGCCAGUUAUGUUUUUGAUGGAUCAAAUCCAACUAAAUAUAUUUAUUAAGACAU